GGGCUGCCGUUGAGAGGCCGUUUGCGACCCCUCCCCGCGCGAGCGGCGGAGUCCGCGAACGGGCGGGGCAGGAUGGAGGAGGCGGCGGUGCCGGAGCCGGAGCCGCCGGGCGCUUGGCUCAGCGGGGACAGCGGCAACGUCUCGCAGAGCCCCAGCAGCGCGUCGGGCCUCGGGGGGGAGGAGGGCGGCGACCCCCCCCCGGAGCUGCUGCUCAGCCGCGCCGCCGCCGCCUACUCCGCCUACCUGCUCCCGGCCGGGCUCGAGUUCUGCGCGCAGAUAGAAAGUUUAGACAAGAGUCUAGAAGAUUUGCUGACCAGGGUUGAUGAAUUUGUAGGGAUGUUAGACAUGAUUCGAAGCGAGUCUUCUCAAGUAGUCAAUGAAAGUGUGCCUCAGAUUCACACAAAAGCUACAGAAAUGAGACACAUAUAUAGAAAGAUUGACAAACUAGAGGCCUUCGUAAAAAUGGUUGGAAAUAAUGUGGCUGGAUUGGAGGAGCAGGUCACAAAGGCAGAAACAGACCUUGGAACUUUUCCAAACACCUUUAAAAAAUUCUUACACACUAUCAGUGUACCAUCCUUUCUUAAUAAAUCAUCUUCCUCACGGCAACAUCAGACCCUGUAUGAGCCUCCAGCCCUUUUCAAGACUGAAGACUACUUUCCGUGUCUCAGUGAGCCACCUUAUUCAUGAUUUUGCUUUUGGGUUGACGUGAAUCCAGAAGAGAAAAUGGCAAGUGAACAAAAGCAGAGCUCAUAGUUGCUGCAUUUCUAUGCAUAUCAAUGGCAGAUUGCCAUCCUGACUGUGUGCCACCAUCUGUCUUCAGACAGUAUUAUAAGCAGUCUUCAAUUAUUUGUGUAUAAUAUAUGAUUACAGAAGUCUUCCUAAAACAAAGCUAUAAACUUUCAGGUUAAGAGAGAGAGAAAUUGGUAAGGGCACUCCUGCAAUUGAUUUUUCAUCUUUAAAUACUCCCUAGUAGGAAAAUGGAUAAAUAGGAAAUGUCCUCGCCCCCCCCCCCAUAUUGUAAUACUUUAAUUUCUGUGCUGCUACCAGUAUUAACAUCUAUACCACAAUGUUUCUAUUUUUUUAAGUAGCCCUGUGGUAAUUGAGAUGAGAGAAGGACAAAGCUCUCUACAUUAAUGUCCCCAAGGAAUGGCUCGGGUCCUGCUCUCCAACAUCUGAGAGCAUGUAUUAAAAAUACAUAGGAGUAAGAUCUCCACAGUUCUAUGAACUGCAAACUCCACCAAACUCUGUAGCGUGAGAACAGGAAUGGGAUGACUGCUGUAGAAUUUCAAGGGUAAAAGUCUAAUCUUGAAAGUUCUGUUUGAUACCUGUAUACAACCUUGACUUUUGUAAAUAAUGCCAAAAUUCUAUCUGUAUGAUUACCAAAGCUCUUGUAAUUAAAAUGAUGUAAUUAAA